AUGGUGGAAGAUGAAAACGAAGAACCUACUGUGGACGAUUGGAAAAACUUACGAGAAGUAGCCGACAAUAUCCCAAAAUCAGCGUUUUUGAUCAUCUUGAUUGAAUUUUGUGAACGAUUUACUUUUUAUGGUUUAAGUGGUCCUUUUCAAAACUAUAUUCAACAACCACCUCCACCUUCUUAUCCUGCUACAGUACCUGGUGCUUUGGGUAAAGGUCAACAAACAGCCACUGCUUUGACUCUCUUCUUUAACUUUUGGUGCUAUGUGACUCCAAUCAUUGGUGCGGUGAUUGCAGAUCAAUAUUUAGGCAAAUAUAAAACGAUUCUUGUAUUUGCAUGUGUAUACUUUGUUGGAUUAUUAAUUUUGACAUGUACCUCGAUUCCAGCCGCAAUUGAAAAUGGUAGUGCAUUUCCAGGUUUUGUAGUUGCGCUUGUGGUGAUUGGCUUUGCAACGGGAGGCAUCAAAUCAAAUGUAUCACCUUUGGUGGCUGAACAAUACCCUCACAAUAAGGCUUUUAUUCGUACUCGUGCCAAUGGUGAACGUGUGAUUGUUAGUCCUCAAGCUACCUAUCAAAAAUUAUUCAAUAUGUUUUAUUGGGGCAUCAAUUGUGGUUCUCUGGCUUCUGUUGCUACGACAUUACUGGAAAAAAACGUGGGCUUUUGGAUUGCCUUUUUAUUACCCACCUGUGUCUUUAUCCCUGGUAUCUUCUUGGUCAUCAUCGGUAAAAAAUGGUACAUCCAAACCCCUCCUCGUGGAAGUAUAUUUUUUGAAGUCGCUUCGGUCAUCAAGCUUUCUUUCAAACUUGGAUUGGAUGGUUGCAAACCUUCUCAGUUAAAACUUUCUCGACCUGAUUUACAUGUCACUUGGGAUGAUGUAUUUGUUGAUGAACUUCGCCGGACAUUCAAAGCAUGUGUAGUCUUUUGCUGGUAUCCUAUCUAUUGGCUAUGCUAUUCUCAAAUGACGAACAACUUGGUAUCCAUGGUUGCGACCACUCAUACUGGCUCCAUACCAAAUGACAUUUUACAAACUCUUAAUCCUUUAACUUUGGUUAUCUGUAUUCCUAUCAUGGAUCGAGUGAUUUACCCAAUUCUUCAUCGUCUUGGAUUCCCUAUGCGACCCAUGUCACGUAUCACUUGUGGAUUUGUGUUUGCAUCUCUUGCGAUGGCCUAUGCUGCCAUUAUUCAGCACAUCAUCUAUACACGACCUCCUUACUAUGAUCAUCCUACUGGUAACAAGAAUGAUAUCACAGCCGCCAUCAUCGUGCCCGCUUACAUCUUAAUUGCCAUCUCUGAAAUCUUUGCUUCCAUCACCGGUUUGGAAUAUGCUUUCAAAAAAGCACCAGAGAAGAUGAAAUCCUUGGUGAUGGCCAUGUUUUUAUUUACUAACUGUAUUGGUGCUUUGUUGGGCUUUACCUUGGUCUCAGUGGCGGUGGAUCCCAAAUUACAAUGGAUGUAUACCGGUAUCAGUGUCGCCAUGUUUGUCUGCGCUAUCCUCUUUUACGUAUGCCAUAGCAAGAAUGAUGCGACUGAUGUGGAAGAAGAUAAUAUUGUGCGUGCUCAGACUGAAAAAGAUAUUUACAAUCAAAAGAUACAUCAAGAAGCCAUAGAAGAAUAUGAAAUUGGUAUCAAGUCAACGGUCUAG